AUGGAUGAAGCUGUUUACCAAUCUGCAAUGGAACUGCAGAAUGCGUGUGAUGCUAAUACACUGGGAUCGUAUUGUGAAGACAGAGCUCAUGCCACAGAGGACCGUAAUUUGCAAACUUUAUGGACAUUCCUAGCAGCGCUCAGCAAUAAGCAAGGUCGACGAGAAUAUGUGCGAAUAUUGGGUUACGGUGCGGAAGAUUCGGUUUCAAAAGAGUCUCGAGUUUCUCAGACAUCAGUAACUUCUAACGAAGUUACUCACCUCACAAAUAUCAUGUCUUCUGCAAAUUGCUCUUCACCACGGCAAAACGGGCAUGAUGGUGAAUUGGUAUCAGAUGAUGAUUCCACGAAUGAAGAGCUAUUCGCUAAGCAACCGAAUCUCGAUUGGAGUCGCUUAGGUAAAGGGAUAUGUUGA